GGCCGCCGCCGCGCUUGUCACAUGUCGCGAGCCUGUCACCCGCUUCCACAAUACUUGUCACUAAUAACGCGACGAGCUUUGCCAAAUUAACAUUGUUUGCACAUUGUUAUACGCCGGCCGUACUCGACACAAAUAACCUCCCGUUUUCCGAAACAUCCGACAGCCCGUUAAUGCUAACACGCGCUACAUAACGCUUUGACUGAACUGAGGAUAUCAAAAAAUAUGUUAAAAUAUAUUUACAUUUCGUUGAUUUCACAUAAACACAGAAGUAAUUGAUAAAAACGUUAAGUACAACGGACGACUACUCAUAACAAACGUAACACGAUCGUGAGGCUACGUCAGUAACUGGAAUAGAUCUCAUAUUAACGUGAGCGUGAAAUUAAAGGAUAAACAAAUGAAGACUGAAGCGUGCGCCAUAAUAAUGAAACAACAGUCGGCAUCAGGAGGUGUCAAGCUGCAGACACGGGCGGCGUGACCCGGCGAAAGGGCCCGGUUGAGGCGCAUUGACCGAACUGGGGCAUAUCGAUAAGUGUGCCCUAGUUACCCGGUUUUAUGAGGACGGCAAAGUCGUGGUGCAUUUUGGACGAGAGCGUCGCCGGUGAUGUCGGCCAAAUCGUACACAACGGGCAGCAUGCGUUCGUGCGCGGGCUCCGUGCGGCUGGGGACGGCUGCCGGCCACGAGGUAGUGCUGGACGCGCUCUACGACAGGAAGCGAGACAAGAAAAGCGUCCGCGUGCUCACCGUCAUCAUUUACGUGUUCUGCGUGUCGCUCGCCGCCAUCAUGCUGUCCCUGUACUACGUGUUCUUCUGGGAGCCCAAGGACGCGCAAUACGCGCAGCGCAAGGUGUCAAAUACAGUAACGCAGCCACCCAGCACCACACCAAUGCCCACAUGCUUUAUGACCCACACUGGACGAAGCAAUACCUCAGUGAACGAAUAUAUCGCUCAAUCAACAAUUGAAAACAUCACCAGUUUUAUGAAUACAAAUGAAUCGUUAUCAUCUACAGAAGAUUGGUUAUCCAAUGCCACAGCAACCUCGAUGCAAGACAAUUCAACAACGUACGACGAUUCGGACUCACUACACAUAAAUAACGUUACAUGACGUCGAUAUUACCAACUUAAAUUGAAAUACCGCAAGGUCUCUUUGAUGAAUUGAGAUGGCAGUCAGCUGAAUGCCUUCUUCGACCACUCAGGUUUUAAAUUUUUCAAAGUUAGGUAUACCUAUGAUUAACGUUUACGUUUUUAAUUGUAGAUAAGCCUACUUUUAAAAUAAUUUAGGCAAUGAUAAUUAUUUUUUGUAACGUGUAUUUAUUUAAAGAUCUGCGCAUGCGGUUGUUGAAUUAAGUACGUGACAUAGUUUAUGUUAGUUAGUCUUGUGAACGAGUGAAAUAAGUAGAUGUAAAUGAUCUAAAUUUAAGUAUGUUGCUGAAUAUUUUACAUGUUUAAAAAUAGCAAGAUAUGUGUAUAGAAAUUGAGUCUAUGUUAAAAUUAUGCUCUUUAUACUGGAUAUUGUAAAAUUAAAUAGUUAUUUAUAAUGUAAAAUAAUGAACACAUCUAUUCUAGCUAGGUAUUGCUUUUAUUUGUGAAAUUAAAUCAAAGAUGUUUAAAACUUUAAGCUUUCGUUCGUGAAAGUCAUUUUGAAGUUUUGAAAUACAUAAAUUUUUUUAGGAAAACACAAUAAUUGUUUUUUAUAGAAAAAAAAAAAAUUAUUUAAAUAUCCACGUUUACGCAACUGCCUUAUAUGUUAUCCAUUUCUUUAUUAAAAAUUCUCUCACGGUUAUUUUACGUCGUCUAUAAUAUAAGUCAGUUUCGUUCCUCACUAUAGUCAAUAUUGAAAAGACCAGUCAAGAACAUAAAAUGUUUACUAAUUGAUAUCCUCUGACGGAAGUUAAACCUGCAUAAGUCUCAUGAAGUCACAAGGGGUAAAUGGAUUAAAUAUUACAUCAAAUGGUUACAUAAAUUCUCGGUAAAGGACAAAGUUCUUAUCGCUGCCUACUCUCUUAUUACUCAGUCAGAAGACAAUCUAAUUACCUGUGUAUGUAAUAGCGAUCUUCCCAUUUUUAAAUGAUUUGUACUCCAUCCAAGAUAAAACGUUAAACGUGUGUAUGCCACACACGUUUAACCUCACUCCAUAUGUAGCAAAUACAUUUCGUGAACAAUUGUCACCAUUUCUUUGCUGGAUCGCGUUGGAAUAUUUUGCACAGAAAGCGCUGUCAAGUAUAAAUGAUGAGAAGCUUACAUAUUUUGUGAUACCAACAUUCAGGCAUUUGAUACUUUUCAUUAAUAACGGUGCUAUCUUCACAUGUACGUAACUCAUUAAAGCAUUGUGUGAAAAUUAUCAUUUGCCAAAAUUGUGUAAUAAACAUUUUA